GUGCGUAGACUCGAGUCUCCUCGAAGUUCAAACUUUGUGACCUUGUGAUAUAACUCAGCAUCGAAAAACACAUCAACACUGACGGGAUGCACGUAAUAUUGGAUAAUGUUGGAUAUUGGCCGGAGACGUGUUCCGAGGAAUGUGGUACUUGAUAGGGGCAAAAACUAUUGAGACAGAGCACAGAGGUAUGCCGAGGAUUGGUUCAAGCGCAGUGUUCGUUUUGUGUGAGGUAUCUGUUUGCAUAAAAAGAGGUGGGUAUCAAUGAUAGUGUACAAUUGCGCUCUUCGUCACAUUUCGCGUCCUUGCAUCUUCAGCUUCGUGCAUAGAUCGGUCGCUCGAUGCGGGAUCUAACUUUGGUCAUCGCAGAGGAAAGUCGUUGCGAGUAUACCAGUUGUGUCGUCCCUGCAUCUUGUGGGCGGCGAAGGCUAAAACCCCAGUGGUCAUUGCGCAAUGGAGGUCCAACCUAGCUCUACGCGCCCGAACGGUGGUGCUGUUGCCUCGCGAGCAUUCUCUCGGUACUCGGCGGUUUUUUCCUUUAUUCGCCCUCGGUUCAAAAAGACGAUGACUGAUGUUCAAAUCUCCGUGUCGAAGUACACCAAGCCUCCUUGCCGAUACCCGCGCCGCGCUCCCGAGCCAAGUCCCCUAUCCCCGGAUACCGGCACCGCCACAGUCCCAGAUAACACGCCCAUCAUGCGCGAAGUCGAAGUAUGUGGCGAUAGCUGUCAUGAUGUUUCAAGGUUUUGUCUUUUCGCCCGCAGCGCCCUCUCUUCCGACAUCGUCAGUACAUUGCUCUGUGUACGCUACCAGACACUGCUCCUGGCACACUUCAAAAUCAUCAGUCAGCACGAAGGUCUCCCGGUCGACGUGCUCUUCUCUGCAUGCUUCCACGCACGGCUCCGCGGCCAUGAAGAGAUCGCAGCAUACACCCUCUCCGAUGUUUUUGUUACAGUAGUUGUCCUUGGGCAAAGCGUGUUGGAGUGUACUUCGCAGGCCUGA